GUGCACGGGCGGCGGCGAGGCCAGGCGCGGGGAGGGUGGCGGUCGCCCGAGCGGCGGGAGCCGGGGCGGCGCGGAAUCCGCAUCCGCCGCGAGUGUGAUGAAGCUGCCCUGCCUCGCUGCUCCGCUCGCCGCCAGCUGACACCGCCCGCACCCAGCCCGCCCGGGAGGGGAGCCGCCGCGGGGCCGUGACCUUGGCGGAGGAGGGCAGACUGAUAAUUCUUGUAGCUGAGAGUGGACCAAGUUUUGGGUGACAUGGCGCAGGGGAAUAAUUAUGGGCAGACCAGCAACGGGGUGGCUGAUGAAUCACCCAACAUGCUGGUGUACAGAAAGAUGGAAGACGUCAUCGCACGAAUGCAAGAUGAAAAAAAUGGAAUUCCUAUUCGCACGGUCAAAAGCUUUCUUUCCAAGAUACCUAGCGUUUUCUCUGGUUCAGACAUUGUUCAAUGGUUGAUAAAGAACUUAACUAUAGAAGAUCCAGUGGAGGCGCUCCAUUUGGGAACGUUAAUGGCUGCCCAUGGUUACUUCUUCCCAAUCUCAGAUCACGUCCUCACACUCAAGGAUGAUGGCACCUUUUACCGGUUUCAAACACCCUAUUUUUGGCCAUCAAAUUGUUGGGAGCCGGAAAACACAGAUUAUGCUGUUUACCUGUGCAAGAGAACAAUGCAAAACAAGGCACGGCUGGAGCUCGCAGACUACGAAGCUGAGAGCCUGGCCAGGCUGCAGAGAGCAUUUGCCCGGAAGUGGGAGUUCAUUUUCAUGCAAGCAGAAGCACAAGCAAAGGUGGACAAGAAGAGAGACAAGAUUGAAAGGAAGAUCCUUGACAGCCAAGAGAGAGCGUUCUGGGAUGUGCACAGGCCUGUGCCUGGAUGUGUAAAUACUACUGAAGUGGACAUUAAGAAGUCAUCCAGAAUGAGAAACCCCCACAAAACACGGAAGUCUGUCUAUGGUUUACAAAAUGAUAUUAGAAGCCACAGUCCUACCCACACACCCACACCAGAGACUAAACCUCCAACAGAAGAUGAGUUACAGCAACAGAUAAAAUACUGGCAAAUACAGUUAGACAGACAUCGGUUAAAAAUGUCAAAAGUCGCUGACAGUCUACUAAGUUACACGGAACAGUAUUUAGAAUACGACCCGUUUCUUUUGCCACCUGACCCUUCUAACCCAUGGCUGUCUGAUGAUACCACUUUCUGGGAGCUUGAAGCAAGCAAAGAACCGAGCCAGCAGAGGGUAAAACGAUGGGGUUUUGGCAUGGACGAGGCAUUGAAAGACCCAGUUGGGAGAGAACAGUUCCUUAAAUUUCUAGAGUCAGAAUUCAGCUCAGAAAAUUUAAGAUUCUGGCUGGCAGUGGAGGACCUGAAAAAAAGGCCUAUUAAAGAAGUGCCCUCAAGAGUUCAGGAAAUAUGGCAAGAAUUUCUGGCUCCCGGAGCCCCCAGUGCCAUUAACUUGGAUUCGAAGAGUUAUGACAAAACCACACAGAACGUAAAGGAACCUGGACGAUACACAUUUGAAGAUGCUCAGGAGCACAUUUACAAACUGAUGAAAAGUGAUUCAUACCCACGUUUUAUAAGAUCCAGUGCCUAUCAGGAGCUUCUACAGGCAAAGAAAAAGGGGAAAUCUCUCACGUCAAAGAGGUUAACGAGCCUUGUUCAGUCUUACUAAACGGAUCAUUUGUAGCAUGGAUGCAGACUGGAAUCACUGCACAUACCUUGUAGCUCGCUGUUGUGACCUGGAGCAGAGGACAUUAGACCAAGAUGUUGCAUGAGCAAAGGACCUAAAUUGUUAUUUUUGUGUGUACAUUCCAUCUCCAGCGGACUCUUUACCAUCUCGAUGCCUCCAUUCCAAACCGUUGUCUGCUUUCUUUCUCCUUCUACUCUGCUGGAUCUGUGUCUUUUCCUU